AUCGCAGUCAACAAGCCGCCCACAAUAAAGUCAGCGGAAAUUCAUACAAACUUUCUUCAAAAGAAGAAAAACGUUAUUAAUCAUUUUUAGUAUGAGUUUUCUUAAAUAUAAUUCAACCAUAUGCGAGGGAGACACGGUUAUUUUAUACCUGGGACAUAACAAUAUGCACAGCAUAGUGGUCACAGCUUGCAAGGUCCAUCAGACAAAAUUUGGUGCAUUCCCACACUCUGACAUGGUUGGAAAGCAGUUUGGAUCAAAGGUAUUUUCUUCAAACACCAAAGGCAAAAAGGGGUACUUGUUUCUCCUUCAUCCAACACCUGAGCUGUGGACGAUAAAUCUCCCCCAUCGAACUCAGAUCCUUUACAGUACAGACAUAAGUAUGGUCUUAAUGCAGCUUGACAUAAAGCCGGGAGCUGUGGUCAUGGAGUCAGGUACUGGCAGUGCUUCAAUGUCACAUGCUCUCAUAAGAUCAAUAGCACCCACUGGUCACUUGUAUACCUAUGAGUUCCACGAAGAGAGGUCAAAACAGGCAAGGAAGGAGUUUAUAGACCACAACGUUGACCACUUAGUCACAGUGACUCAUCGCAAUGUCACUGCAGAUGGUUUCCUAGAGGAGAAUAUUGCAGACGCUGUAUUUCUAGAUCUACCUUCUCCCUGGGAUGCUAUCAAGUUUUCAAAGAAGGCAUUAAAGAGAGAAGGGGGCCGUUUGUGUUCUUUUUCUCCUUGUAUCGAACAAGUGCAAAAGACAUGUGGAGUCAUGCGAGAUAAUGGCUUUAGAGAUAUUCAGGUUAUGGAAUGCCUUCUGAAAACUUUUGAUGUGAAAACUGUAUCCUAUCAGAUGCCAGACUUUGGAGAAAAAUUAUCCGAAGAACCAACAAGAAAGAGGAAAUUCGAAGCAUUGGAGAAUGAGUGCUGUGUUCAGAUGGGCGAUAGCACUACCGAUGUUACUGAUUCAACGAAUCGACCUUGCAAUACACAACCUUCAAGCCAGGAAACGGCAACUAACACCUGCAGUGAAAACUUCCGUGUCGAUAAACUGGACGUUUUAACAGCAAGACCUCUACUGGAAUCCCCAGGACACACUGGUUUUCUUACGUUUGCGUCCCUCUUCCCUGAAGUGCAAUGAUAUUUAUUUGCCUAUUAAAACAAACAAACAAACA